GAUAGGGCAUUAAGAAAAGGACAGAGUACCGGGGCAUGGACUGUCGGCUGACGGAACGCAGCCUGGUGCCUUGAUGCGGGACAGGGGCUCACUGGAGGCUCUCUGAUGAAAUGUCCUAUCUCAAACCAUCUGGGAAGGAGUUGGAGAGGUUUGACGGGUUAUCGCUCAUCUAUUGGACAUUAAUGGGUCCAUACGGGAUGGAUCGUAGUGUGUACUGCAUGGAAUUCACAGACUGCACCAAUGGAUUGGGGAUUAAAGUAAUCGGAGGAAAUCGGGAUUUUAGUAGAGAGGAAUACGGAGUUUACGUAAAAAGAAUUCUUCCCGGAGGUGUGGCUUAUGCAGAUGGACGGCUGCAACCUGGAGACCAGAUACUGGAGGUGAAUGGAGAUAGCUUGCUGGGAGUGACAAAUGAAAGAGCUGUUGAUAUUUUGAGAUCGGCCUCCGCCACGAGCUACAUGCGCCUCCUCAUAGCCCGAGAUGAAGAAGCCAGGAAGGAAUUUGCAGAACUACUGGAGAAGUAUGGCUCAUAUAGCGACGCUAGCUCCUCGAGAAGUUCACCCAUAAUGCACAGCAGCAGGUAUCUGGAAAGCACUUCCUCAGAAUCUUCGUCACGUUCCCAGAGUCCUUUGCUGCUGAGUCCAGCCAGUUCUGCUAGCCAAUUCUUGGGAAGCUCUAGCCUCUCCCCGCACUCUCUUUCAAGUGACUCUGGAAUCCAAACCAUCUCCAUAUCAAAGUCUACGGGCCUUGGACUAAUGAUCAACGGAGGUUCCAAUCGACCAGACGGACCCAUGAUCUAUGUGGAAGAGAUUCUGGCUGAAGGAGAUAGUUAUAGGGACGGGCGUCUCCGAGCCGGUGAUCAGUUGGUUGCUAUCAAUAAAGAUUCCAUGGUCGGGAUCACCAAUGAAGAGGGCAAAAGGAUUCUGGCCAAAACCAGAUUUAGGCAAAACAGCUGCACAGAUGUGUCCUUUAUCCCUACGACAGGACGUGUCUCCAGCAUGUCGGGGGCCUGCAGUCCCACCUCGCCACAGCACAGGAUUCUGGGAAAUGGUCUACCCUCCUGCAGACUAAAAGUCCAUGUUCGGUCCCCUGAGUGCCGCCAAGAAAAUCAUGUGCCUUCACCCUCGCCUGACAUCUGCCCUCCUGAAUUAACCGUGUCAGCUCCGGUGUCCCCACCAAAUCACCAAUUAUCUAGUAGCAGCAAGGAGAAGGUGUCACUGGAUCCACAUGUGAGACUCAAGGAGGAGAAGUUGGAACUGAUCCUGCAGUUCCUUGGACUUGAUGUUUCAGAGAAAAAAAGGAGAGAACUUCAUCAGGGUUUGGUAACAGACUGUCAGGGAACGGUAGCUUAUGGCGAUUUCUUGCAAGUGAUGCGGGACAGUCUGCAGGAGGAGAUGGAGGAAGCAGGCCUGGAUCACAGCUCUCUGAACUUCACGAAUUACCAAGCGGCCAAUUUACUUGAUACGUCUGCAUUUUAUUCACCUGUCAAUAAGGAGAUGGAGCUCCUGGGAUUCUGUGAAAAUGCUGACGAGGAACAUCUGCGGUUGGAGGUAUCUGACCUCAGACAGGAGGUUCGACAGCUGAAGAUUUUGCUAAGGGAGGCUGAAAAUAGUAAAAGGAUAUCCGAGGAGUCGGUCCAGAGACUAAACCAGAAGGUCAUGGGGCUGUUAUCGGAGAAUAGGUGCCUGCAGAACAAGCUUCAGGUGGCAGAGCUUGCCCAGCGCCAGGCGCACAGUGCGGAACAUGACUACGAAGAGGUUGUCCAUCUGCUGGAAGCGGAAAUCAAGGAGCUGAAAAACCAAAUGUCUGAAAAGAAGAAGCUAAUGGCGUUAGAGAUGCACGAGGGUUUGGAUCUCAAUCGACGGUUAUCUCUGUCCGAUUGUCAGCUGCGCAAGUCUGAAGUGUCACGGAAACAUCUCGAAAGCUCCAACAAGAAACUUUUCAGCUUCGUCCAGAAAAUCCAAACAAUAUUAACAUCUUCGCUUCAAGUAACCGAUGAGAAAAGAAGCAGCAGUCUUGAGAAAAAUCAAGGAGGUAGUCUGCUAAAUGUGACGAUACCGUCUGCAGAACUGCUAGCAACAGAAGUCAAUGACAUUCUAGAAUCAUGUAAUGCCAGCACUUUCAAUUAUAGCGAUUUACAGAAAAACCACAAGCCAUCGUGCCAGCCAGGACCUUCCAAUCUUCAUAUGAACUGGCCCUUUUCAUCGCCAUCACUACUUAAAACACACAAUAUUCACAAAGAUGAAGAGUUACUUUGCACAGCCAAAGAAGCCCAGGAGAAGACCUCUUAGGGAUGUCUCUCACCAGCUAUCUGUUCUGCAAUGUACACAUGGACAAAAAAAAAAACUGUUCAAAGACACAGACGCAGGGCCAGAGUUCAGGAUCACCAGACGGGACCAUUAUUGAAGAAAUAUCUUAUGAUCUAAUACUGUUGUGAAUACUGUGAAUACUGUAAAGAGGUUUGCGGAACGUUUUGUGGGAGACAAAUUGUAAUAAAGUGAAGAGUGAAGAGUACCUAAAAACCAAACUGAGGCUACUGAAGGAUUUUAGCCAAAACGAUUGCUGCCACGUGUACCAAUGGAUCGUACGCAUCUGAGCCUUUUUGUUGGGGCUGUGAUUCAAGACACGUUACUUUCAAACCCUGUUUUUUUGUAGGAAACAGUGUCGAAACUCACAGCUAAACAUAAAACAAACCUUGCUGUGUGAGUCCUUGCCAAUCCAUAGCACUAAACCAUGUGCUGCUACACGCCAUUGAAGCUGCCAUGACACUGCCCUUUGACAUCACUUGAAGCAAGGUUUGGCCCAAUAGUGACCACCUCCAUUAAGUCAGGCCGAGAUCAAGUCACAGCAUUGAUUUCUCAUUAUCUUUCAACUCGCCGCUGAACGAGUGUACACGAUGUGUUCAAUUUAACAUGUUGCAGAGACUAUGAAGUUAAAAA